AUGCCUGCCGAUUCACCGCACAUCAAUCUCUGCAAAACUAUCAUGUCCGCUGUCGCAAUGGGAUACCCGAUGCCCAUCCUCCUCAACUGGAAGCGCGAAUACAACCGGCCUUCAUGGCAUUUUGCAGGUAGUCACAUCGCCAAGCUCGAGAGUUUACUAGCAGCCAUUCAAGUGCUUCUUGAGCAAGAUGGAAGCGAGGACGAUAUUGCAGUCCUGGUAGAUGCCUAUGAUAUGUGGUUCCAGCUUCCUCCUUCUGUCCUGCUGGAGCGCUAUCAUCGGCUUAAUCGUGAGGCAGAUGCCAGAGCACAAAAGCAAUGGGCGCAUCUCAACAUCAGCGAUGACUUUCCUACACCCCCACCUCGGCAAGAUAUAAUCGUCACUGCAGCAAAGGACUGCUUUCCAGAUGCUUACUCUGGUUCUGAUCCUCGGUACGAGCAUUGGCCUGAUUCUCCUAUGCCGAAAGACAUGUAUGGAGACGGCACCGACAAAGUUCCCUGGUCUUUCGAUCCAGCGCGCAAAUACAAAAACGUUCGUCCGAGAUGUGUCAACAGUGGACUUAUAAUGGGCACAAUGGGCGGUUUAAGAAAUGCCCUCCAAAGAUCAAAAGAAAAGAUCGAUGCCGUCGCUAUGAAAGGUCGACAACUCUGGAGUGACCAAGCGCUUAUUGGCGAAGUCAUCGGCGACCAAGAAAUAUAUCGCGAGUGGACAAGAUACCUCGGAUCAUCAUGGAACGGCUCCUCAUCUCUCAACAGCAGAGAUACCCUCCCCCACGACGUCCGCACAAUCGCCGACGCAGCACUUUCUGGUCGACGCUUCGAAUUUGGUAUCGGUCUGGACUACAACUUCACCACAGCACCACCAACAUGUUCCUCUGAAGAAGACGGAUUUUUCAUAAAACUUCUCAACAAGACGAAUGUACUUCAGGAAUCCAAAAAGGCAGGUGUGCCAGGGCCCAUUCGCAUAAACGGUAUACCACCUGAGAUACGCGCCAUCAACGACACAAUCUUGUCUUCUAUAAACUGGGGUUCCAUCCCUCUGUACACAGACUUUUUCUUUGGUACUACGCCCGUAGCAAUCCACCAUAAUGCUUACAUCGGUGGACUGAAGGGUUCCAGACUAAAAGACUGGUGGGACAAGAUGUGGUAUCACGCCCAGCUACGGCAUCUCGUCACGCAGCGUCUUCAGCCCUCAUCCGCGCCACCGAUCGCAGAAAUCGACGGAGGCGAAAUCGUGUACGAUGCACCCAUAAACGAUCAAGUAUCCAGGAAAGCGCGCGUGUUCAGCCCCCUGGAGCCAAACUUUGCGGCUGUGGACUGGGACGCUGUGUGCCAGAAACCAGGACACGGGGUCCCUUGGCACGAAGAGCUGUUUGGCGAUGGAAAGGGACCACUGGAAAUAACACGAGGAUAA